AUGUCCCUUUCAAAUAGUCAAGAAGAUGCUGAAGCCGAACGACCAUUCAAAGCGUGCCGGCUGAAGUUAGUUCCUGCAUCCGAAACGGUUUACAAGACGGAAUCUCAAACAGGAGGAGGGUUCAUAGAACUAAUAUCUACUGGCAAUCUCAUCGCGGUAGAUAAGACGCAGUAUAUUGAAGCUCUCGACAGUCAGCAGGUCUAUCGUUACAUGUUUCUUCGACCCCGAAGCUGGGGAAAAACGACCUUCCUGCAGACCCUCAUCAAUUACUAUGACAAAGGGAUGGAAAAUCGUUUCCAAGAACUUUUUGGAGACCUUUAUAUUGGCAGAAAUCCUACCACGGCCCGAAAUUCUCUUCUGGUGCUUCGAUUCGACUUCUCGUCAAUCUCUAGCGGCACCAGUGUUGAAGAAACAAAAGAUACUUUUAACGAGGCGAUAAACACUGAAUUAUCGCGCUUUCUGCAACGUUACCAGGCUUUUCUGGGUGGUGAUCAUUCGAAUUUAUUGAAGUCCAAUGCCACAACCUCGCUUAGGAACGUAUUGAAUUUGGUAGAUUCAAAAGGGGAGAGGCUCUUCGUCGGAGUCGACGAAUACGAUGCACCAGCGAACUGGGUCAUUUUGAACGAAUCUAAGCAAGACUACCAGGACAUCACAACCUUUUUCCGGGCACGAUUCUUCUCGCUUAUGAAGCAAUUCUCCCAUGUUAUCUCGAAGUACUGGGUUACUGGCAUCCUGCCAGUGUUCCGGGAAGAUAUCAGCCCCCUCAAUACCACCCAGAUCAUCUCGGAUAUGCCUGGAUACAGUGGCUUGUGCGGUUUAACAGAUAUUGAGGUGCGACAGAUCACUCAAUCCUACCUCUCCUCAUACAAUGAACAUCAAAUUGAGGCUGCUAUCAAGAGAAUGAAGAAGUGGUACAAUGGAUACGUGUUCAAAGGAGAGAGGCAUGGCUCAAAAGAGACCGUCAUAUGUUUGCAUAACCCAUAUUUGGUCUUUUGCCAUCUUCGGGCCCUCGCUGACGACCGGUUGUCUGCCGCAAUACUGGAGGAAAUAGGUGCCCCGCAUGUGUCCAGUAUCCUUGGUCGCAUUCCGGACACAGGGGAUCAAUCGUUCUUCCAUUCGUGGCUCCAAAUAGUCUCUAAGAAAAUGGACUUGAAGGUCACUCAUCAUUUUGGGAUCGAUGAGAUUCGGAACCGUAACCAAAAUUCCACGGUUAUCUGGAGUCUCUUAUAUUAUUUCGGAGUUCUCGCUUAUGAUGAACAGCGUCGUUACCUUCGAGUCCCAAAUCUGACAAUGCUUCAUACGGUAACGCGAAGCUUCGCGCAAUUCCUUGAUCGAAGAUUUAUAGUGAAACCUCGAGGUGAUGGUGUUCACAUUAGCCUGAUGCAAAGGGACGUUGCUCCUCUUGUCAAGCUUCUGGAAGGCCUAUUCAAGGAUGAACAAGCCCGUGCCAUCAAAGACUUCAACGAAACUGCUUUGCAGAUGACCUUAAGCGCGCUGUGGUCCAACUCAACCCCUUGCAUUGAGCUAAAAACCAUUACGCUCGAGAACCUUUGGAGAGGGGAGAAUGAGUCCCUACCACUCGAUUCGGACGUGCCUCUGCAACAAUUUCGGCAAAAACUACGUGAUGAAACCGAGGAGCAGCUAUUAGAAAGGAGGAUAUUCUACAAUAAAGCCAUCAAAUCCCUCAGGGAAGUAAAACAAGAGGCUUUCGAACAGAUCACUCGCUAUUUGAACGUGAUGCGAAAUGGGCAGGCGAGUUCUAACCGCCCAGGGGUCAAUGAUACACGCAUUAAACAGAGCGAGGGCGUCGGACAAUUUCUUGGACCAGGAGAGAUUCCAUCCAUCCCGAGGUCCUACUCCCGUUCCAUGAAGCGAAUUGCUCCGUGUGGUACCAAUGUCGGCGAACUGGAUGACAAUAUCAUAUGGCAUUCCUCUGAAAUAAUCUAUGAGGGGAUAUUUCAAGUAGAGAUGAAAGAUACGUACGGAGCGGAAUGA